AUGCGCACAACUCUUCUAUUAUUAACUUUGCUACUGAUACUCUCCUACAUCUGUACAUGUGCAGCAGCAGAGAGGAUGCCACUGCCGGUGCCACGUGUGGGUGGAUACGCUACAGAGGCCCAGGGAAAAGGGACGAAAGACAAUCUGAAAGGUACAAACGGAAAAGAAGCGUGGAAUAACGGUGAAUUCACUACCACCACACCAUCCCUCAGUAUGAGUGAGUCCAUGAGUGCCUCUGCCACUCUUCCUCUCUCUGACACCACUACUGUUGCCCCAUCAACAGCUGAACAACAACAAGAAGGAUCAUCAGAGGGACAGGCCGCCCCUGCUGAGGAGUCGACUACGACGAGCACCGCCGCACCGAAGAAGAAGAAGAAGGACGGCGGCCGCGGCCCUGAGUGGCUGCACGGCCCGCUGGUG